UGCUGGCCAAUUAAGUUGGCUAAUUGGAUCACUGAAAACCACCAGUGAUGGAAUAUCUCGCAGCAGGGAGUGCCACCUUGUAACUACAAACAGCGGACUACCUGUCCCCUUUAAGAGAAGUUGGGUACGAAUAAGCCACUGUUCCGUGGCUAAUGCAGUCGAACGGCACAGUCUGCUAACGUUAGCCAGCUAGUCAGCUAGUGUACCUGUGAGAUACAGUGCAGAGGAAACCGAACAGCAGGCAACCGCUUGCGCAUCCUUACAGCAAACUGUGAGGGGUAGGAAUGGGGGUCAGUUAAUAUUUUCAACCGUGAGGAAACGCUGACAACGAUCAAGAUGGUGUCGUGGAUCAUUUCUAGGAUAGUUGUUCUGGCUUUUGGAACCCUCUAUCCAGCAUACUCAUCAUACAAGGCUGUGAAAACGAAGAACGUGAAAGAAUAUGUGAAAUGGAUGAUGUACUGGAUAGUGUUUGCCUUCUUCACGACGGCAGAAACCAUCACAGAUCUCCUCCUGUCAUGGUUUCCAUUUUACUUUGAGCUGAAGAUAGCCUUUGUCAUAUGGCUGCUGUCGCCUUACACCAAGGGCUCCAGUGUGCUCUACCGGAAGUUUGUGCACCCCACCCUCUCCAACAAGGAAAAGGAGAUAGAUGAAUACAUCACUCAGGCGCGAGACCGCAGUUAUGAGACCAUGAUGCGGUUUGGCAAGCGAGGCCUGAACCUGGCCGCCAAUGUAGCAGUCACCGCAGCCACCAAGGUGGGCUUUUCUGUGCAGGGGCAGGGUGUGCUGUCUGAGAAGCUGCGCAGCUUCAGCAUGCAGGACCUGACGCUGAUCCAGGACGAGCAGGACCUGAUGGACUCCGCAGAUGAUAUCAGCACUGGCAGCCAGACCCUCCCACGCGCACGGAGCUCGACGCGCCAAACUCGAUCCACGGCGUCGCCCGUUGUGGCUGACGACACACAUCACAGCUCCAGCUCGAAGUCGGACGGCGAGCAGUCAGACACCAGGACUGAGCACUCGGACGAGGACGCAGUAGAGAAGACCGUGAAGCGCGCGGCCAGCGUCAAGGCAGUCAAGAAACCAGCAACUGCCAAAACCGAGACCACUAAGACGGUGAAGAAACAGCCAAAGAAGAAGACGACCACCCCUGCAGCUGGCAAAGAUUCUGAGACGCCCUGAGUUCCCAGCUCCAUCUCUGGCCCAUCGGCACACGCAUAUACACACACACACACACGCACACACGCACACACGCGCGCGCACAGACACACACUCGGAUAAGUGCACACAUGCAUAGAUACAUGCUGGCAAGCUGUCUGGCAGUGGUGUAUUGUUUUCCAGUCCUCUGAGACCAGCUUCAAUUUUAGCAUUUUCAAUCCAUAAGUGCACCGCUCAAGAGUGUCUGUUACUACCAUAGGAUAUCAGCAAGAAGCUCUGUGUUUCUGUGGUGUGUGUGUGUGUGUGUGUGUGGGUGGUUAAUUUGUGUUUGACAUGGGUUAUGUUCAAGGGUAUCUCUACCCUGUUCUAUUUUGUCUGUAGGCCUUACCUCCAAGGGCAUCUAAUGUCAUAAACAUUCACUCUACAC